AUGAAGCCGACGCACCUACUGGCCCGGAUGCAGGAUCUGGCGGCUGGGCUUAAUGUUGAUGAUGGAUUGAUGAAAAUGUUGUUUUUGCAGCGGCUUCCUGCAAAUGUCAAAACGGUGUUGAUGAUCCACGACGACACACUGACCAAAUUGGAGUCUUCUUACACGCACCCGUCUGUAGCAGCAACUACUUCGCAACCAGCAUUCCCUACCCAGGAGGAUCUCGUCGAACAAAUCGCCUAUCUCACGGCGGAAAUCCGGAAGCUCAAGGGAAUCAGCAGAGGCAAGAACCUAAGUCGAUCGUCGUCCCGCGUACGACAGAGUGUUAAUGAGCCAAUUUGCUGGUACCACAAAAAGUACGGUGUAAACGCUUACCAGUGCCGCGAGCCGUGUGUCUUCAAAAAUUCGCCAAAAAACUAG